AUGCGGCACAUGAGGAAUACACAGUCGAGUUCCGCGGAAGCGGGUGCGUUAUUGGCGGUGCUCCUGAGGUCGGACGGCACCAGGCCGGACACGGCGGGGUGUGUGCCCCGCAUGGUGUACUUUAUAACAGAGCAGGGCGCGGUGGCGUAUGCGGUGGCGGCGGCACCGCCGGACGUGUUUGAUAUGUUGCAGAGUAAGGAGUACUUGGCUGAGGAUUCGGAAGGGACUGGAAAGAUUCCGAUGGUCGUCCGUCACAACUUCGACUGGUUUGAAGAAUUCAAGCGACUGAAGUUCUAUUUGCCAGGAGAAUCGUCGGGGGUGCCAGACCCCGAGGCGGCAGACCCCGAGGCGGCAGACCUCGAAGCGGCAGACCCCGAAGCGGCAGACCCCGAGGGUCCCAUGUCGCAGGUGGAAGGGAUUGUGUUUGGCCAGCUGAUGAAGCGACUGACUAGGUUGGGGUUGGACACCACUCAGCCCAAGGGCUGUGACGAUCUCCUUCGCGAUAUUUUCGGAGCGCGACCCAUCGAACUAUUGGAACGAGGGACCGGCGGCGACCAAGUCUCUGUGGUCUACUUGAGCGAUCUGAAGCCGGAAGAGGUCCGGAGCUUCUUGAAGCACGCAUCCAAAGAGUGGAGGGCUCUCUUCGACCCCAGCCCCUCCACCCGGUCAUGGGCCGGUUUCCUGUGGCCUGCCGUCGCCGUCGGCUUCACAGCGGGUACCAUUGCCUUGUACUGGGUCUUUAUGAUGAUGUGCCAUCACGACACUAAAACAGCUCCCAUCAUGAACCGCUCAAUAUUGGGCAUCGGCAACUCCAGUCUGAACAACACCACCGCCAACACCCCCCCUAGCGUCGACAAGGCCACACUGGGCAUCAGCAGCCCCCUGACGGAGACGAUUGGCUUGCUAAAGAGCACAAUCAGCUCUCCCACUUCCGGCCCUCGUGCUCUUGGCUUUCCUACAUCCGGCUCUCCUACUUCCAGCUCUCCUACUUCCGGCUCUCCGACUUGCCGCCCCAACUACUUCCCCGACCACUCCCCCGACCACUUCUUCGACCACUUCCCCGACCAGCUCCCCGACCACUCGGCAGCCGUCCAAGCAGUGGCCUAG